AUGAAAGUUAACAAUCGCAAGAAAAAUGAAGUUCACGACGCUACCACAAUUUUGUUAAAGACAAUCGAACUGAAAAUUUAUCACGGCCUUUUGUCAACUGCUACAAUGUACCACAUAACUUUGGAGUUUGCUCUUAUAUUACUGCAGAAAAGCUUUCCAUUGAGUAGUACAAUCGGACGAAUUACUUGUGAAAAAUACCCCUACGAUUGUAGACCAUAA